UCUGAACUGAGGAGGAACUUCCCCAUUUCCUCUAUCCAGAUCCACGCCAACAAGACCCAGCGAGCAGAGCAGAGCUCCAUGUCCAUGGCAGCACCACCGCCACGCCGCCGCCCCUCGCUCCCGUACGAGCUCGUCGAGGAGAUCCUCCUCCGCCUCCCACCCGACGACCCAGCCUGCCUCCUCCGCCUCUCCUUCGCCUGCAAGGCCUGGGGCCGCGCCGCCUCCCAGCCCGGCUUCCGCCGCCGAUUCAUCGAGCAGCAUCAGCAUCGGCCACCGCCCUUGAUCGGCUUCCUCCACAACUGGGAGGACGAGCGCGUCCCCCGCUUCCUCUCCACCACCGCCUCGCCCUUCUCCCUCCCCGCCCCGGACCGCGCCUCCUGGCUCGCCCUCGACUGCCGCCACGGCCGCGCCCUCUUCCUCUCAGAGGGAUCUGGUGCUCAGCAACUCCUUGUGUGGGAUCUAAACACGGGCAUCCGGCGGCGCAUACCAGUGCCCCCGCUGCACAGCAGCUACGUGUCCCCGACCGCGGCCGUGCUCUGCCCAGCGGACGGGUGCGACCACCGCGACUGCAACGGGGGCCCCUUCCGCGUGGUCUUCGUCUUCACCGUGUACCGACUUCAGAUCAUGUAUGCUGGUCUCACGUCGGUGUGCGUCUACUCGUCAGAGACUGGCACCUGGUCCGGUGCACUGAAGAAGAUUAGUCACAGAUCCGACGCAUUGAAGUUCACAUGUCAUUCCAGCCUGCUCCUUGGGAGGUCUCUGCUCUACUUCAUGUCCGACCGUGGGUUCAUCCUAGAGUAUGACUUGACCAGCAACGUCCUAAUUGGGUUCGAGACGCCGGACGUGAACUUUGACCCCAUAUUUAACCUCAUGGUGGCGGAAGAUGGUGGAAUAGGAGUUAGCGAAGGCUUCAGUUCCCAUCUCAAAUUGUGGUCAAGGGAGGAGGGUGAUGCAGAAUGGGUAAUUAGCCGGGUCAUCGACCUGCAAAAUUUGCUCCCACCUGCUGCUCUCGUGGAUGCAGAGGCUGAAGUGAUGGUAUUGGGAUUUGCCGAGGGAGUGAAUGUCAUUUUCGUUAACACGGUGGCUGGCCUCUUCACAAUCGAGCUACAGUCGGAGCGGGUGAAGAAGGUGUGUGAUAAUCAUGGCUUCUGUAAUUUGAUUCCAGUUGUCAGCUUCUGCACUCCUGUGGACCGUCUCAAAUACCAGGACCUGCUGCCGUCGAUCCCUAGUGAGGAUGUAGGUGAUGAGGAGGGGGGAGAGGAGGACAAAACAGUAGAUGAGGCACAGCAGCUGCUUGACAAGGGGUCCAAUACUAUCAAGGAAGGUGGCUUUGUCGACGCCGUUGAACGUGCCAGCCAUGACCUCAAUGCCAGUGAACAGAGCCAGGUGAAUGAUUCUUUGGAUGAUGUUUCCAGGAGUGCAUCAAAUGAAGAAUCGGUGAAGGACACAGCCAGCGAAGAUGAUGCUAAGGACUCAAAGACCUCUGGUAGCAAUGGUGAGGAUGCUGCUCCAUCUUUGGAGAAAGGCGAUUCUUAAGAAGUGCUACGCUGAUGGUCAGGCGGGAUGUUUCAUCAGUCAUCAGCGCCUUGAGUAUGAUCCUUUUCUUCUCCGCAAUUGGGAAACACUUUUGUCAUGGUAUUAUAGUUUAGAUUCCAGACUAAAUGUAGACAAGAAUUAAGGCACCAAAUGUGGAGGCUUUGGCACCCCGAAGAAGUGAAAUAGCGAAUGAUGUUCAAGAGCUGGUCUGAAGGAUAGUGUCGCAACUAGGAUUCUAUGAUGCAAAUUGGUUGCUGAGUGGGGAUCAGGGUCAAUGAUGCCUAAUGCCUAACAUUGAAUGGUUUAGGGUCUGUUUGUUGUUCUGUACAACGGCGUAUCUAUCAUGUGAGGAUCAUUUCAUCUUUAUGAAAUAGGAUAAGCAUCAUCGACUCUUUCUUUC